AUGGACGGCAAUGCCUCCGAAGAGCGCGACCGUUCAGUGGACAGGUCCUCAUCGGACGAACCCGUCCUCGAUUCCACCGAUCCUACACCAAAGCGCGGAGCUCCCGCCACAUCCCCACAGAGCUUCACUCCACGCUCGCUCCUCGUCGGUCUCAUCAUAGGUGCUCUGAUCACGUUCUCAAAUACCUACUUUGGCCUACAGACGGGAUGGAUCAGCACAAUGGCCAUGCCGUCGGCCUUGAUUGGCUUCUCGGUCUUCAAGGUUUUGUCGAAGCACCUCUCCUUCCCGUUCACGCCGGUUGAGAACGUCUUGAUCCAGACAGUGGCUGGAGCAGUGGGCACCAUGCCACUAGGAUGUGGGUUUGUUGGGGUCAUACCUGCCCUGGAGUUUCUGCUGAAGUCUGGCGAAGAUGGACCCGAAGGUGAUGGCGGAGAUGGAGAGGGCGGUCCUUUGAAUUUGAGCUUCUGGAAGCUCGUCAUAUGGAGUCUCGGAGUCUGCCUGUUUGGUGUCGUUUUUGCCGUUCCACUUCGGAAAGAGGUUAUCGUUCGCGAAAAGUUGCGCUUUCCCAGUGGAACGGCUUCGGCAUUGAUGCUCAAGGUUCUGCAUGGUUCCGGAAGCAAUGAAAAGGCCGUGGUACCAGAAAGCUCUGAUUCUGGUAUCUUGAACACGCGAAAUGAAGCCACACAGUCGCAAGAAAACACAGGUCUAUUGAAGGACGUCGACGCUGAAGAUCAGGCUUCAAAAGAACAUGACUGGCGUUCGAAGAUGCGCUUAUUGAUUGGCGCGUUUACAGUUUCGGGUGUAUAUACAUUGUUCUCCUACUUCGUGCCUCUAGUCCGUGACAUCCCGUUGUUUGGUGUUAGCAUGGCCCAUAAUUGGCUGUGGACUCUGAAUCCCUCGCCCGCAUAUAUUGGACAAGGGAUUAUCAUGGGACCAUCAACAUGCAUGCAUAUGCUUUUCGGCGCUGUACUUGGAUGGGGUGUCUUAUCACCGUUGGCAAAAAGCCGUGGUUGGGCCCCUGGUCCAGUGGACAGUUGGGAGGAUGGUAGCAAAGCAUGGAUCGUGUGGAUUUCCUUGGCGAUAAUGCUUGCAGACUCCCUUGUCAGUCUCGGGUGGCUCAUACUGAAGCCCAUUGUGAACCGCUCGCCGCAGUGGAUAGCAUGGUUAAAGUCUACUCGCGCCGGACAGUGGAUCGCACUUCGACUGAACUCCAGCCAACACUCUUAUAUAAACUACUCCGCACUGGAGUCCGAGUCACAUGUUUUGGCUGAGGAGAAUGAUAACUCUCCACAAGUCGAGACGUCCACGAGUGACGAGGAGUACGAUGCUCCGCCAUCUCAGCUCAUCUCGACACGUACAGUGGUCAUUCUCCUCCCACUCACUCUUCUACUCAAUGUUGUAUGCAUGCACAUUGUAUUCGGCGACAUCAUCUCCCCCUUCCUCUCCACCCUCGCAACUCUCCUGGCUGUGGUCCUAUCUAUAAUGGGAGUUCGGGCCCUCGGCGAGACUGACCUCAACCCAGUGUCGGGCAUCAGCAAGCUGACCCAGCUUCUGUUCUCACUCGCCACACCGUCAUCCCACUUCUCCAGGCGCACUGCGCUGGUCACGAAUCUUCUUGCUGGCGCAGUCUCAGAGUCAGGUGCUCUGCAAGCAGGUGAUAUGAUGCAGGAUUUGAAAACCGGUCACCUUCUUGGCGCGAGUCCAAAGGCCCAAUUCUACGGUCAAAUGAUUGGAAGUCUCGUGGGUGCAGUUCUCUCAACCGCUGUUUAUAAACUAUACGUGAACGUAUACGAGGUGCCAGGUGAAAUGUUCCAGACUCCCACUGCUUAUGUUUGGAUUUUCACUGCUCGCCUCGUGACUGGCCAAGGCCUACCGGAUAUGGCCUGGCAGGCUUCUUUUGUCGCCGGCACCGUGUGGGUCAUCAUAACUGCACUGAGGAUUGCGACUGCAUCCCCGGCCUUCUCACAGAACGGAAAUCCACCAGCUUGGAGAUCUUGGAUCCCAGGGGGCAUUGCAGUGGCUGUUGGAAUCUUUAACGUUCCUUCUUUCACCUUGGCCAGGGCAAUUGGCGGUAUUAUCGCAUGGUGGUGGUCGAGAAAACAUUCUCAGUCCAGCAAAAACCAGCAAACCUCUGAGAACGGCGAUAGAGGAUCUUCCUCACAAGCCAAUACAGGACCCGAGACGCUCUCUGUCCAGGGCUCCCCAUCGGCUCAAGAAUCAGAGAAGGCGGAUGCUGCCUCAUCCACUGUUGUCGUGCUGGCAUCUGGUCUUAUUUUGGGUGAAGGUAUUAUGAGUAUUGUCAAUCUCCUUCUCGCAAGUGGACGGGUGCCGCACCUUUGA